UCUGCGGCUGAGUUGUAUGCAGGGCCCGGUGGCUGACAAGCCAGGAAACAAUUGAUGGUGCUCCUUUGAUUUUUCUUUCCCCCACUUUUUUUUCCUCUCUUUUGCACAUAGAGUCUCAUGUCUAAUAUACUUUAGACAUGAUGAGCUGUGUGCAGGGAGUCGUUUUGCUUUUCCUUGCUGUGUUGCAAUCCUCUGUUAUUUUGGCACAACAAGAUGUUAUCCUAGGAUCAUGCACCCACCUUGGCCAAGUGUAUGCCGACAGGGAUGUGUGGAAACCGGAACCAUGCCAAAUCUGUGUGUGUGACUCAGGAUCUGUUCUUUGUGAUGACAUCAUCUGCGAUGACCAGGAAUUAGAUUGCCCCAGUCCAGAGAUUCCAUUUGGAGAAUGUUGCCCAGUUUGUCCUCAGCCAACAACAACACCUGGUCCUGAUGAUAUUGUUCCACGUGGUCCCCAAGGCCCUAAGGGAGAUCCUGGUCCACCUGGUACUCCUGGAAGAAAUGGUUCACCUGGUUCACCUGGUCAGCCAGGAAUUCCUGGCAAUCCUGGGUCCCCUGGAGUCUGCCAAAAUUGCCCCAGUAUCAGUGGAGGACAUGCCUUUUCUCCUCAGUAUGAAUCCUUUGAUGUCAAGGCUGGUGGAGGACAAUAUCCAAUGCCACUUGGUGGUGGACUUGGAGCUCCUGGCCCACCUGGUCUCCCUGGUCCUGUUGGUCAGCCCGGUCCACCUGGAUCCCAUGGAUACCAAGGCUCUCCUGGUGAACCUGGGCAAGCUGGCAGUCCAGGCUCCCCUGGUCCACCUGGAAUGAUUGGCCCACCUGGCCCAUCUGGAAAAGAUGGAGAAUCUGGAAGACCUGGCAGACCUGGUGAACGUGGAUUACCUGGCGCUCCUGGCCACAAAGGUCCAGCUGGCAUGUCUGGAUUGCCCGGAAUGAAAGGUCACAGAGGCUUUGAUGGAAGAGAUGGUGCUAAAGGUGAUUCAGGAGCUCCUGGUCUGAAGGGUGAAAACGGUCUUCCAGGAGAAAAUGGAUCCCCCGGACCAAUGGGUCCAAGAGGUCAACCUGGGGAAAGAGGAAGAGCAGGACUUCCAGGAGCUGCUGGUGGUCGUGGUAACGAUGGUGCUCCUGGAGGAGCUGGCCAACCUGGUCCACCAGGCCCUCCUGGACCUUCAGGAUUUCCAGGUUCUCCAGGUUUUAAGGGUGAAAAUGGUCCAGUUGGUCCCCCAGGCUCCAGUGGGUCCCCUGGAGCAAGAGGAGAACCUGGUGCUCAAGGGCAGCCUGGUGGUGCUGGUCCUCCCGGUCCUGCAGGAAGAGAUGGAAGUCCAGGCACAAGAGGUCUACCUGGCGCUGCUGGCAUGUCUGGUCCUCCCGGACUCAGCGGAGGCCGUGGUCCUCCUGGCCCUGCUGGUACCAAUGGAAUCCCAGGACAAAGAGGCCCAGGUGGUGAACCUGGUAAGAACGGCGCAAAAGGAGAGCCAGGAAUAAGAGGUGAACGUGGUGAAAAUGGCACUCCUGGUGCUGCUGGUCCUCCAGGGGAAGAAGGCAAGGCAGGGGGUCCUGGUCAACCUGGCACAAAUGGCAUACCCGGAAGUCCAGGGGAAAGGGGUGCUCCAGGUUUCCGUGGGCCUGGUGGUAGUAAUGGACCUCCAGGUGAAAAGGGUGCUCCUGGUGAACGAGGUGGUCCAGGCAGUCCAGGACAAAGAGGUGCUCCUGGUGAAUCAGGGCGUGAUGGCGGCCCUGGUCUUCCAGGAAUGAGAGGCUUAACAGGAAGUCCAGGAGCCCCAGGAGCAGAUGGAAAACCAGGCCCUUCCGGUCCCUCAGGAGAAUCAGGGCGAAGUGGUCCCCCAGGACCAGCAGGUCCACGAGGUCAACCAGGCGUGAUGGGUUUUCCUGGUCCAAAGGGUAAUGAGGGUGGGCCAGGUAAAAACGGAGAAAGAGGUUCACCUGGACCGCCUGGUGGAGUCGGACAACCUGGAAAGGAUGGUGAAGCAGGAGCACCAGGCCUCCAAGGACCUGCUGGUCCUACUGGUGAAAGGGGAGAGCCAGGAGCAACAGGACCAUCUGGAUUCCAGGGACUGCCUGGUCCUGGAGGACCACCUGGAGAGAAUGGAAAGCCUGGAGACGGUGGUCCACGAGGUGAAAAUGGACUUCCUGGUCUCCCAGGGUCCAAGGGCGAAAAUGGUGUCCCAGGAGAACGAGGUGCACAAGGACCUCAAGGUCCCCCAGGAUCGAGAGGUGGAGCUGGCCCUGCUGGACCAGAAGGUGGAAAGGGCCCUGCUGGUCCUCCAGGUCCUCCUGGGGGUAUGGGAUCACCAGGUUUACAAGGAAUGCCCGGAGAGAGAGGAGGCUCUGGAAGUCCUGGACCCAAGGGGGAAAAGGGAGAGCCUGGCGGCAGAGGUGGAGAUGGCUUACCUGGUAAAGAUGGUGUACGAGGUCCUGUAGGUUCCAUUGGACCCCCUGGUCCAUCUGGUCAACCUGGAGAUAAGGGAGAGUCUGGUCCAGCUGGACCUCAUGGUCCAACAGGUCCCCGUGGUGGUCCCGGUGAUCGAGGUGAACAAGGUCCUGCUGGUCCAGCUGGCUUCCCUGGAGCUCCUGGACAAAAUGGAGAACCUGGUGGAAAAGGAGAGAAAGGCCCUGCUGGUGAACGAGGCGAACCUGGAACCUCAGGGGCUGCGGGUCCACCAGGAGGCCCUGGUGCACCAGGUCCAGCUGGUCCUCAAGGAGGAAAAGGAGAGCGAGGUGGCCAAGGUCCUCCAGGUCAGGCUGGCUUUCCUGGUGGUCGCGGCUUACCUGGUCCUCAGGGUAACAAUGGUAGCCCCGGGCCACCUGGCAAUGCAGGCCCUUCAGGCAAGGAUGGGCCUCCUGGUCCAGCUGGUUCUAGUGGUGCCCCUGGUCCCUCAGGUGGUGCUGGUCCCAAAGGUGAGCCUGGCCAACCCGGUGAAAAAGGUCCAUCAGGUUCAAGAGGAGAACCAGGUACACCAGGUCCUGCGGGAAUUUUGGGUCCGCCUGGGCAACGUGGUAUUGUAGGAUUGCCAGGCAUGAGAGGUCUACCAGGCCCCUCUGGUCAAUCUGGUCCAAAGGGUGAAGAUGGCAAACCAGGAUCCAAUGGCAGCCCAGGAGAACGAGGACCUCACGGUGGACAAGGUCCACCUGGCAUUAAUGGAGCAGCUGGAGAACCAGGCAGGGACGGUAACUCUGGAUCAGAUGGUUUGCCAGGUCGGGAUGGAUCUCCAGGACCAAAGGGUGAUCGCGGUGAAAAUGGCUCUCCUGGUUUACCAGGGGCUCCAGGUCAUCUUGGCCCCCCAGGUAACAGUGGUCCAGCUGGAAAACCAGGUGAAAGAGGACAUGCAGGACCUUCUGGUCCAGUUGGCCCUGUUGGCCCUGCUGGUGCUCGUGGUGGUCCUGGUCCUGCUGGUUCACGUGGUGACAAAGGUGAAGCUGGCGAACGUGGUAGCAAUGGGCUCAAGGGUCAUCGAGGAUUCCCUGGUAACCCAGGAUCCCCUGGUCCAGCUGGUGCCUUGGGUCCCCAAGGUCCAAAUGGAAGCCCAGGACCUGCAGGUGCUAGAGGUCCCCCUGGACCAAAUGGUCCACCGGGAAAAGAUGGUACAAGUGGAUACCCAGGUCCCAUUGGUCCUCCAGGUCCUCGUGGAGGCAGAGGUGAAACUGGAGCUUCGGGUCCCCCUGGUCAUGGUGGUCCUCCAGGGCCUCCUGGUCAACCUGGAGCUCCUGGUCCAUGUUGUGGUGGUGGCGGCGGUGAUAUCAUGGGUUUAACUGGUGAGAAAGGACCAAGCUACUACAGAGAUCAGCCAGAUGAUGACAAAAUCGCCAUGAGUGAAGUUUUGAGUUCACUGAAAUCAAUCAAUAACCAAAUUGAAAACAUCAUUAGCCCCGACGGCACACAGAAAAACCCAGCCCGUAAUUGCAGAGAUCUGAAGUUCUGUCAUCCUGAACUUAAGAGUGGGGAGUACUGGAUUGAUCCUAACCAAGGUUGCAAAUUAGACGCAAUUAAAGUAUACUGCAAUAUGGAAACUGGAGAAUCAUGCAUCAGUGCCAAUCCCAUUAGUGUUCCCAAGAAGAAUUGGUGGACAAUCACAGGACCUGAAAAGAAACAUAUUUGGUUUGGAGAGUCUAUGAAUGGAGGCUUCCAGUUCAGCUACGGAGAUCCAGAUCUUCCAGAAGAAGUUGCAGAUGUUCAAUUGGCAUUCCUUAGAAUUCUUUCUAGUCGAGCCUCUCAGAAUAUCACCUAUCACUGCAAAAACAGUAUAGCUUACAUGGAUGAGGCCAGUGGAAAUGUAAAGAGAGCACUUAAGCUUAUGAGUUCUACUGACAGCGAAAUCAAGGCAGAAGGAAACAGCAAAUUCACAUACACAGUUCUGGAAGAUGGCUGUACUAAACACACUGACGAAUGGGGUAAAACAGUCUUCGAGUACAGAACACGCAAGACUAUGAGGUUGCCUGUGAUAGAUAUUGCACCCUUUGAUAUCGGUGCUCCCAAUCAGGAAUUCGGUGUGGACGUUGGCCCAGUUUGCUUCUUAUAAACCAAGAAUCAUGCUCAUUCUGAACCCCAACAAACAAAUUCACACUCCAUCUUUGCUCUUCUUGUUUUAACUGUGUCAGCUGUUAAGAGUCAAAUGAACUGUAUCCCAGUUAUUUAUUUGCAAAAAAUUCUAGAGAGGGGAAAAAAAAGAGGAAAAAUUGACAAAAAGGGUUACCAUUUUCUUAUUUUGCUCUUUACACAAAAUACAGCAAAAUGCCUUCUGCUCUAUUUUCUUUCACCAAAAUUGAACAUUCAUCUUCCAACAAUAUCUCCAUGGUGCUACAUUACAACUUCAACACUCAGUACAGCAAAACUGUAAUUUUAGUUGAACGCGUGCCCACCAGUCAAGCACUGACGGAUUCCAGCAUCCAAGUUUACCCUCCAUUGUAAGAUGCAGUUCACAAAGCUAGAGAGAAUUCCCCGUUUCAACUACCUCAACAUGGACAGAAACUGGGAUGGGUUUGAUGAUUCACACAGAGAAAGCUAAAUCGAAAUAAGUUGGAAGAACCAAUGACUACAUCUGGUCAAAUUGUUUUGUUUCUGUACUGAUUAAUGAUGAAGAGAGUACAGUCCAUCCGAAAAAGUGAAUGCCCUUAGAGUCAACAGACUAAUAUAAUGUUAUUGCUGGACUGCGUUGCUUUUUUUAAAAAAAGGGUGCUCCUAUACUUUCCUGUCAUUGCUGGUCAAGACCACUAAAAUUAGGGAAGUGUAAAAAGAUUAAUGUGAUGGUGCUAGUUGUGUGAUUUUCACAUCUAAAUCUGCAAGCCAGGUUUAUUAGCUUGCAUUAAAACAUCAAGGCUUGACAACAAUUGUAAAUGUCUCUCCUCGAAAGUUGUAUCGUUGGUAGGCCAUUGCUGAGGCCUUUUCUUCCUUCCCUCUGUAAAAGUCAAUAAAGAUGCAGAAUCAUGAGCUUCUUUUGUCACAUUAACACAUUUAUAGUGUUGGAGGUUAACCAUCUUUGUAAGCUUUUAUAUGGUUGUUGGUCUUUUCCUUACAGAGACACAUAAUAAAAUAUUGUAAUAAAACUCUAA